AGAAUCCACAGAACAAUGCUUCACAAUUCUCUUUAUACCGAAGAACAAACAAUCACACUACAUAUUGACCCUUACUUAUCAACAUAUGACUAGCAAUGCAACAGUAAAUUACACAAUGAGAUGUGAGAGCCAUCAAGUAGACACUCCGUCCAGCAGUUCCAGAUUUUAGCAUAUGAGUGGUGGGGGCAGAAUGACACCCAGCCUUACACUACAGUCAGUCAAUUCUUAUGUCUCCACCUUACAGAGUGUAAUGCUGCCAUAAACAGCCUUCAGUGAAAACGUGUUACAUUGUCUAUUGGCUAUGUCAGUACAGUCAGUUGAUUACCAGCAGAGGGUGCAUUCAUGUGAUAGCCUACCGCAUCAAAUCAGUUUUAAACUUGUUCCUUGCAAACUUGUCCUGCAGUCUGACUUGGCCCAUGACACCGACAGUGCACAUGGGUUGGAUGUAGUUUAUCUUACAGUGUAGGGUCCUUGUUGGUUCUAAAUGCUGGCUGCACCAAACCCUGCGGUUGGCAGGUUACAUUCCUUAGUGUGUGGCACCUUAGGACCUGCUCUACUGGUUUAGGGAGGAUCUGUAGAAUCUACAAGAGACUUUAUACAACCUGCCAGAUCAAGUAAAUCAUAAGACAGUAUUUCACAGACAAACAACAGGACAACAGAUAACACAGACAAAGCUAAAAACCCAUGGAUACUUCCAAAGGAGCAAUAAGUCCAGGAAUGGAUUAACUGAAUGAGUUUAUACCUUCACUUUCACUUUCUUGUUACCUGCUGACAUAACAUGGCGGAGUUUGAACCUCUCGAAAAUAGGAGGCGGAGGCGUAAAAGCAAGGAUGUCCCCCCUGAGAUGAGGAUUGUUCUUCUGGGGAGGAAUAGCAGAGAGAAGAGCAUUUUGGGAAACCUCCUCCUGAACAGAGAGGCGUUUGACCUCAGCUAUGUUCUGCACCAGACUGAGAGAGCCAGGGGACUGGUGGAGGGAAGAUGCUUCACUCUGGUCAUCACUCCAGACCUGUUACACCCAGAUAUCUCUCAUGAUAAACUGUCAGAAGAACUGCAGCAGUGUGUGACUCUGUCUGCACCUGGACCUCAUGUGCUCCUCCUGGUGGUGACACCUGAAGAGUUCACUGAGGGAGAGAGAAACAGAAUCAGACUCAUCCUUGAUUCUAUAAGUGCAAAGUCAUAUGACUACUCAAUGGUGGUAGUAAAUACUGAACUCAACAGAGGACGAAACAUGGAAACCUGUGUGGAUAAACAUCCCCAGGUUCAGAAACUGAUUAAAGAAUGCAGACAAAGGUACUUAAAGCACUCUGUUGAGCAGACUAAUCUUAUAUCAUGUUUAGACAAGAUUGUGGAGGAGAACAGAGGAGGACACCUCUCCUGUGAGCUGCAUGAAGAGUCUACAGGAGGAGCAACAACAGAGAGAGGAGCAGAAGCAGAAGAGAGGGGUUGGGGGGAUGUGAGAGCAUGGAGUGAUGGGCUUCGUACAAGGUUACCAUUCCUUUCAAAGGCCGGGCUUCCCACCAGUUUGGGUGGUGCCUUCAACUGGCGACCCUGGUCCUCAUCAAGCACUCAAAAUAAAGAUGAGUCAUCACUUAGAAUUGUGCUGCUGGGACAGAGUGAUGAUAAGAAGGCUUUGGCUGUAACCCAUAUUCUGGGGAAGGAUUAUAGUAACCGUACUCUACAAAGCUUCCCCUCUAAACCAUGUGUGAAAGACGGUGCACAUGUGAAUGGCAAGAACAUAACUGUUGUGAGGACUCCAGACCUCUUUGCAGAAAAUCUGACUGAAAAGGUUCUAAAACAGGAGAUAAUUAAGUGUUUGUCCCUAUCUGCUCCUGGUCCUCAUGUGUUCUUACUGCUGCUGAAACCAGUAAAAUUUAGAAAGAAGGAAGAAGAGAGAUCAAAAUCAAUCCUAAGCCAGUUUGGUAGAGAGGCUUUCAGACACACUAUGGUUAUCACAACACAUGAAGACAAGAAAGAGAAUUCCUGUGUGACUCAGAUCAUCAGAGAUUGUGGAGGACAUCAUUACAAAAUGACACAUGGAGGUGAACACUCACAGUUAACAAAUAAGAUAGAAGAGAUGGUAAAAGGAAACGGGUGGAGAUACCUGUCACAUGAUGGAGAUAAAGAAGAGUCACCACAGCCAGAGCUAGAGGGUAACAUUCCUAGAAUGAACUUGGUCCUGUGUGGGAGGAGAGGAUCUGGGAAGACUUCCACAGCCGACACCAUACUGGGUCAGAGAGAGACCAGGCCAGAGUCUCUCUCCUCAGCAGUGUGUGUGAAGAGAGAGGGAGAGGUGUGUGGACGCUGGCUGACCCUGGUGGAGAUGCCUGCUCUGUAUGGAUCAACCCUCACUCAGGAGGAAGUGAUGGGUGAGACUCUCCGCUGUGUCUCUCUGUGUGACCCUCCUGGAGUCCAUGCUUUCCUCCUGGUGGUGCCUGUGGGUCCACUCACUGAUGAAGACAAGGGGGAGAUGCAGACCCUGCAAGACAUCUACGGAUCAAGAAUCAAUCACAUGGUUCUGUUCACAUCAGAAUCUGAUCCUACAGCUAAACCUGUGACUGAUUUUCUGGUUAAAACUGAAGAGAUCCAGCAGCUGCUCCAGAGCUGUGGGAGAAGAUAUGAGAUCCUAAACAUAAAUAAUUUUCAAAAUAACCAAUUAGUGUCUCAACUGCUGGAGAAGGUGGAAGGAGGGAUGGCUGAAUGCAAUUUCAGCUCCUUCACCACAGAGACGUAUGUGGAGAAGCAGGCUGACAGGUUCAGAAAACUGCUGGAUGAGAAAGAUGAAGAGAUACAGAAGUUAAAAGAGAAGACCCAGCUCUCUCGAGAUGAGGAACAUCCGAGUAAAGAUCAGCUCAGGAUUGUGCUUAUAGGUAAGACUGGAAGUGGAAAGAGUGCCACAGGCAACACUAUCUUAGGCAGGGAAGUGUUUGAGUCCCUCGCCAGCCAGAACUCUAUGACAAAGUGUUGCCAGAAAGAAGAGGGAGUGGUGGAUGGUCGGUCUGUUGCAGUAGUCGACACCCCAGGCUUGUUUGACACAACUCUCAGUAAUGAUGAAGUUGGGGAGGAGAUUGUUAAAUGCAUCAGUCUUUUGGCUCCAGGGCCUCAUGUGUUCUUGUUCAUCCUGUCCAUCGGCCGCUUCACACAGGAAGAGAAAGACACAUUAGAACUGAUCAAGACAUGCUUUGGGAAGAACUCUGGGAUUUUCAUAAUUGUGCUGUUUACCAGAGGAGAUGAACUCAAGAAGCAGACAAUUGAAAAUUAUGUUUCAAGGGGUGAUGACACGGUCCAAAAACUGAUUAGAGACUGUGGAAGGAGAUAUCAUGUCUUUAACAACAAUGAUCCAGACAACCGCUCCCAGGUCAGUGAACUGAUCAAGAAGAUAGAUGAGAUGGUCCAGAAAAAUGGAGGAGGAUGUUACACCAAUGAAAUGUUCCAGGAAGCUGAGGCUGCUAUUAAACGAGAAUUUGACAAGAUUCUGAAGGAGAAAGAAGAAGAGAUGCAGAGUGAGAAGGAGACUCUGCAGAAGAAUCAUGAGACAGAGGUGGAAGAGAUGAAGAGGAGACUGGAAGAACAGAGAUCAGAAGUGGAGAAGGAGAGAAAACUGAGGGGAAAACAACUAAAGGAAAAGGAAGAAUUCAUCAAGAAUGUAAACAAAGAAAGAGAAACUGAAAAGGCUAAAAGAGAAGUAGAGGAUGAAAGGAGGAGAAACGAGGAAGAAAAGCAACGCCUGGACUGGGAGCAAAAAUUAGAAACUAUGGAGGAGACCUUAAAAUCACAAACAGAAGAGUUUGAAAAUAAACAAAAACAAAUAAUUCUGCAAGAAAAAAAGAAGCAAGAAGAGCAAGAGGAGAGACUACGGGAUGAACAAAAAGAAUUUAAAAAGAAAUGUGAGGAAUAUCGAAAUGAGAAGCAGAAGAGGAGAGAAGCCGAUGAGAAAGAAAAACUAGAAUGGGAAAGAAAAAUAAAAGAAACUGAAGAGAGUAAGAUGGAGAUACAGCAGGAGGUGUUGGAGAGUAAGAAACUAUGGGAAGAAGAGCAGAAGAACGAAAGAAAAAGGAGAGAAGAGGAAUAUGACAGAAGAAUGACACAGCAGAAACAUGCAUGGGAAAUGAAACAGAGAAAAAUUAAAGAGGAAGAAAAUAAAAGGCUUUUAAAAGAAAAAGCGAGAAGGGAGGCAGAACAGCAACAAAGAGAGAAAAUUGAGAGAUUAUAUAAAGAAAAGAAAAAGGAGCAGGCAGAUCAACUUAAAAAUUGGGAGAAAGAAAGAAAAGAAGACUGGGAAAAGAGACAAAUAGAAGAUCAACAGAGAAGAGAGGAGGAGCAAAACAGACUGAGAAAGCUUCAGGAGGAGUUUGAGAGAGAACGUGAAGAAGAGAACAUCAAGAGAAAGAAAGAGGAUCGACUCAGGAGAGAAGAGGAGAAGAGAGAGAGCAGAGAAAUUGAGGAAGACCAUAAUAGAAACAUAGAAAACAUGAAGAACAAAUAUGAAGAUGAGGCCAGAAAACAAGCUGAAGAAUUUAAUGAUUUUAAAAAGAAAUACAGGAACUUCGAAGCCCUCAUGGAGAAACAAGCCACAGAGACAGAAACACUUAUUAAGAAGAAACAUGAUGAGUAUCAGGCCCUGAAAGAUCUUUCUGGCCUUAAUGAGAAUACUCUGAGACAGAAAAUGGCUGAAAAUGAAACGCCUUAUCAGCCCCAAAAUGAACUUUCUGAGGAUAAAAAGGCAAAGCUGAAGAUGGAAUUGGGUGCUUUACGGGAGAAACAUAAAAAACAGGCAGAAGACUUAAAAAAGUCAUUUGAAAAAGAUGUGUCAAUGUGUAAUAUUUUAUAAUUCCAUGGUUCUGCUGCAAAGUGUUUUUGUUGAUUGGCCAAAACAACAAACUGUUUAUUAUUUGUGUAAGUGUUUGUUUAUCUAAAAAUUGUUUUUAUAAUUGUUGAGACUUAAUGAUGGAGAAUAUGACAGUUAUGAUGAUGAUAUCAUAAAGAAGGAUCCAAAGCAACUUACUGUACAGAGGAGAAUUAAGCCCCCCCAUAGGGAAGUGAGACCAUUGUUCUCUUGCUUCUUACUUCUCUCUGGAUCCGCAUUGUAGCAGAGAGUCAACAGACAAAGCACGGUACCAUCCACACCUUUCUCCUACCCCCAACAAGGAAAGGGGGGUUUCCCCCCCCAUCCUUAUCAGGAGAAGCUUCAAAGCUUCUGGCCCAGCAUGGGGCCAGGAAAAGAGGCCACAUGGUCUCACAGUAUCAGACAAAUGAUUUAUAAGGAAGAACUUUCUUUUGUGGAUUUACAAACAUAUUCUCAAGGACUACAUGGCUCAUGGACCCUAUUUCAUUGACAGUAGUUGGUGUGAUAAUGUGUGCUUUUCUCAUGCAUUAGAACGUUGUUAAUUGAUGUUUGAUUAUAACUUCCCUUCAGGUAUAGUUAAGUCAGUCAAUCUUGAUAUCAAAAUAAUUGUGUCAUACUAACGAAACCAUGUAUGAAUGUUGUAUUGGAAUAUUGUGAAGUUUAAGCAUUCCAUGGACAUUUGAAAUAACGGAACUCAAAGCUAGCAGCCACUUCACACCUCUAGGUAGAUCUCAGGAUGACGCCCAGGUGGGAAGUAACUGACCAACGAAAGAGGUCACCUUCACAUGGAUAAACCCCUGUUCCUUGGGGUACAAAACCCCCAAACGUACAAUCACCCCCGCUUGUUCGUAAGAUUAAACUAAGGUGAACACGUCACUUUCUAACCUAUUCCUUUUAACCUACACAUUCAUUGAGCGCCCGGAACUUUCACGAUAAAUUCAGUUUUCUAUUCGUUGGACAUAACAAACCAUUGACUCCUCUUGACUUUCUUCAAACCGACAAAAGUAACUGCGAUUUACAAUAUUUCUUACUUGUGACAUAUUGGCAUGUUGUGAUUUAAUUAUUGAUUUUUGAUUGUAUUUUACAAAUGAUUUAACCUAACCAUCGUUAGGUCAGUUGCCAAUGAUAGUCCAUUGUUACUAUAGAGGCCUAUACCUCUUCCUCUUUACCUCUUCCUCACUCUCUCUCCAUUCCCCCUCCAUGCGCGCUCUACGCAGCCAUUGUGUAGUGCGCUCUCAUUAGAAUUUAGGCCUACUGUACUGCUUUAGCACAACUAACCCAUGGUAUGUGUUCAUUAUCAUUACAUUCUCUCAAAUAAAUCAUUGUGUAUAAUACUCGCACAUCUCUCACGUUAUAUGAUCUGCUCUACUUUCAUAGAAUUCACUACUUAAGAUUAGACUGAUUAUUACGAGUGCUAUUAUUCAAUAUUAUUAAAUAAGGUUUCCUCUGUCCCUUUAACAAAUAAGAGGUGGUGCCCCCAAGAACUACUAUACUUUAUUAUGAAUUAUUGCAAAUAUAUAUAUGAAGUAUUGCAAAUCUUAAACGUGCAUACCACGCUACAGCAUAUUAGCUGAAAGGUUGGUUUAGUGUCUGUGUACAUUUACAGAGAAAUGUUAUUU